CGUUAUUGCCUUGUUAUGCGCUGCGUCUGUUCUGCAACGGCAUGCGUUGCUUUCUAUCCUCGAAUUAGGGUUUUGGUUUUGUUUUUUCUGAAACUUGCGUUCUCUUCAUCUAGUUAGGGUUUAGGGUUCGGGUUUUGAUCUUUUUUAACCAUAAGCAGAUUUGAUUUGUUCAAGGUGAGGUUUCCUGGGGUAUAAUCUGGCUUUUGGGGAAUUUUUUACGGUUAAUUUGGUGAUUUAUAUCUAGUUAUGGUUUAAGAUUGCCUUUCUGAUUCGUUUUUGGUUAGGGUUUCUAGUUGAGAACAUUGUAUGGUCCUUCUCUGGUCGGGGACUUGAAUUUCUACAGUUGUUGAGGCAAAUUCGCUGAGGAAUCCAACUCUGGUUCAUAAUCUGCUUCAUCUAGGUUCUAUCCGUACUGGUUAGGAUUAUCUGGAAGGUUAGUGGAAUUUAUCUGUCGAAUUCUUCAUUUGGGUUUUAUCUCCUUAUCUUCAUAUCAAAGCAUACAUUUGAACGAUUUUUCAGCAGAAAAAUAUUUUAUCGUUUCUGUUGAGGAUAACGUAGAGGUUGUUUCUCUAGAUUGGUGAGUAUACAGGGAUUUGAAUUGGGCUUACUUGAAGGUUUGGGUGAAUUUUCAGUUUAUGCAGAGCCUUGAUGGUUUUAAUCAGGUUAUUUGUGUGGUCAUAAUAGACAAACUUAACUAAUUAUCGUUGGAGCUAUCAGAAGCCAUUGUUGCCUUUUGAACUGUGUGUCUUUUCACAGGCGUAUAAGCCCCAUCCUCCAUAGACGGGAAGGGUCCUGUUCGAUUUGUUGAAUUUAAGGGUUUGUCCCCUAUUGUAUUUCUACUGUUGAAAAUAACCACUUACCAUCAUUCUAUAGAAGAAACAUGAAAGCUCCUUCAGCUCCUAAGAAACGAAACAUCACUUUCCGAUAUGACAUAACAUCGAGCCUCUCAGCUGCUGGUGUCCCUUCUGUGCCAAUUCCAACCAGGCAAAAGAAGCUUCGGCGCUUACCCCACAUAUUUUCUAGGGUUUUAGAGCUCCCUUUUCGAUCUGAAGCCAAUGUUUUGGUCCAAGAAAAUCAUGAAUUCUUUCGAUUUGUAACUGGAACCAAUCUAGUAAGCGAAGAUGUGAGAGCCCAAUUGAUUGAGAUUAUCCCUGGGGUUACCAAGAUUGUUAUCAGAGGUAGCAAUAUGUUGGACUUAUCUCUAGAUGAAUUAGAGCUUGAUUUGUGGCGCUUUAGGCUCCCUCCUUGUGCCCAACCAGAGCUAGCUAGUGCUGCUUAUGUGGAUGGAAAGCUUAUUGUCACCAUUCCAAAAGGCCCAUCAUCUGAUGAUGAUGAUGGUUCUGAUAAUAUUGACAUAGAAACAGGGCAGAAUGGGGAAAAUUCAGGCAAUGACACAAACCCUAAUUUGCCAAAUACUCGUAGUCAGGGAAGUUUGGAUAGAGGAGGAGGAUUGAAUGAUGGGUUUGGUGGGGAGCAAGGAUCUGGUUUUGAUUCGGAGAUAGGAGGUUUGAAUGACGGGUUGGGUGGCGAGCAAGGAACUGGUUUUGAUUUGGAGAGAGGAGGUUUGAAUGAUGGGUUGGGUGGCGAGCAAGGAAAUGGCUUUGAUUCAAGCAAUUGGCCUGGAUCUUUGGCGUCGAACCAGUCUUCAGUGAGCCGCCCUCAAGCUUUGGGUGGUCAUCUUGUCCUUGUACAGUGAAAUCUUGAAUGUUUGAUUUCUUUAGCUCAUUUUUGUUUUCCAGUUUUUUCAUUUUUCCUGCAAUGGCAUCAAUUUCGGAGACUAUGAAAAUUUAUAUUUCAUAGAUUUCCAUCUUGUUUUGCUCUUUUUCUUCAAUGGUAUAUAUGAAUGUUGCAUUUUUCUUUAAAACUGGUAAGAUGCAGGCCUAGUACACUUUGACGACAAUUUUUUAUGUCGACUGUAAUUAGCCGGAUCUACAUUUGAUGGGGUGCUCUUCAUCUGUGGAAUGCUCUUACAAAAUGAUAUAUAGUCACUGAAAUGAAUGGUGUGUUCGUAUGUA